AACUACUUUUUGCGAUUCGACAAACCAUUUUGAAAGAAAACAAAACAGUUUGCAAGCUAGUUGGUGUAAUUUGUUUGGAUACAUUACUUUACCGUUAAAUAAAACGAUUUCUUAUAUAAAUACUCGUAUUGCAUUGGUUUCAGUUAUGUAGUAGUCGCAUCUACUUUAAAGCUGUCAUACUUACAACAAAGAAUGACUCGAAGAAUGUAAAAUAUAAGUAGAUGUAUACUUUGCAAUAAGUUCAAGUUGUAGUGAUGUCCGUUAUAAAUUCUAAACUUUCUUUGGAAAAAGUAUUCCUGGGCGGAUAAGUAUCCGUUGACACGAUCGAGUGUUAAAAGAUCUGAGGAACUGGAGUGAUGUCUGCGCACGCAGUCCGCGCGUGUAUUGCAACCACCCUUCCUGGAUCGAGUUACCCUUGCAGCACAGUUGAAACCCAAAGUUCGCCGCGCUGUCGAGCAGAAUCAGUCUCUCUCUGGCCACGGUAAAGAAACAAGAACCGGCGAAAUGACACAUGUCACUAUUUGAUAAUGGCGCGCAAUACUUGAAAGUACCGGAGCAACGUGUUGAUCGUAACGAUGCGGUACGUUUCGCGGCGAAACUACGAUAAGAUCGCGAAAGGUUGUUUUCCUGUUCCCGGAUACGAAUCUCUUCCUCAUUUUUAUGAAUGUAUACGUCAUUUUGUGAAGUAAUACCGCGAAAACAGCUGGAACAAUGUAUGGCAUGCUAUUGGAGAGUGUACAGCACUUCGUGCAGGUCGGUAACGUAACAUACAAAAGCUUAGAAUAUGGCGAAGAUGUGUGGCUUCAGAUCGUGGAAAAAGCUGAGUGUAAACAUAUUGUUUUCAAUACACGACAAACAUAUCCUGACGAGCUUAUGACGAAUUUAGCUGCUGCAUUGGUUGCAUUCAAUGGCGAGACCGUAGAUAAUGUGAUGCAAUUUUUUGGAAAAUGUUUCGUUAGAUACUUUAGUAAUUUGGGGUAUGCCUGCAUGAUAAAAGCGACUGGUCGUUAUUUCUGCGACUUUUUACAAAGCGUCGACAAUAUUCAUAUGCAAAUGAGAUUCACGUAUCCAAAAAUGAAAAGUCCUUCAAUGUAUAUUACACAUAUCGACACAGAGGGUGUAAUAUUAGUAUAUCGAAGUACCAGAAAGGGUUUUACACAUUAUCUUAUGGGUCAGCUAUUUCAAAUAGCAAAAGAACUGUAUGAAAUAGAUUUAAAUAUAAAAGUAUUAGGAAGUUCAAACAAUAUUCCAGGAUCCAGGAGCGUAAUGGUUAAAUUCAGAAUUGAUUUUGAUAAUCGUGAAUACAUUGCAAAGAACAACAGAAUGAAAGUUCCUUUAAGCCGCGAAUUGCCACCAGUAUCUUGUACAUUUAUUUUACGACUUUUCCCAUUUGGAGUUGUAAUAAACAAAGAUAUGCAGAUAUUGGGAGCUGGUGACAAACUUCUACAAGCAUGGGGUGGCAGUUCAUCCAUUCGUGAUAAACAUAUUACUGAAGUUUUCAAAUUACGUAGGCCCAAAGGAAUAUCGUUUACUUGGGGAAAUGUAAUGUAUUUACAUUCGGUAAUGUUUGAACUAGAACUACUAAGAUUAAAUGACGAUAUGUCAUCAAGUUCAAACAUUGCAAGUACAAGUUCUGGAUUAGAUAGACGAGGAAGUCAAGGAGUUAGAAGUAUCUUGCUGAAAGGUCAAAUGAGAUACAUUGAAGACAUCGAUGCAAUCAUUUUCCUAUGUAGCCCCUUAAUUAACAGUUUAGACGAAUUGCUUAAUAUGGGCCUCUAUCUGAAUGACCUGAAUCCUCAUGGCUUGAGUCGAGAGUUAGUUCUUGCAGGAUGGCAACAUUGUGGAAGAUUGGAAAUGAUGUUCGAAAGGGCAGAGCAGAGAUCAACCGAACUAGAAAACAGCUAUGCACUUCUGGAUCGUUGGAAGAACAAAAGCGACGAGCUUUUAUAUUCUAUGAUUCCUCAAACAGUGGCUGACAGAUUACGUGCUGGUGUAAGCCCUUUGAGUACAUGUGAGUCAUUUGAGUCUAUAACCGUUCUGUUUUGUGAACUGUGUGAUUUUGAUUAUUCCACAAUUGAAGGUGCUAUGGAUAUUGUUUCAUCAAUGAACGCUGUUUUUUCCUGUUUUGAUUCAUUAAUGGACGAAUUUAAUGUCUAUAAGGUAGAAACAGUUGGCCGAGUUUAUAUGGCAGCUAGUGGAGCACCUGAUAGAACUGAACAUCAUGCUCAAAACAUUGCAGAUUUUUCUCUGCAGUUAUUAAAACACGUUCGAUCUCUCAAAUUACCGUCUGGUCUUGACAUACAAAUUCGUAUAGGAAUUCAUUCUGGACCAGCUGUAGCAGGUGUUGUUGGCAUCAAAGUACCUAGAUACUGCUUUUUUGGUGAUACAGUGAAUACUGCCUCUAGAAUGCAGACAACUAGUGAACCAGGGAGGAUACACAUUUCAGCCGAUACUAAAACACUGUUACCCCAAGACCGUUAUCACGUUGAAUCUCGUGGAUUAGUUUGGGUCAAGGGAAAAGGCAAUAUGGAAACGUAUUGGUUGUCUGACAAGCAAGAAACAAAUAUUAUACCAGUUGAAGUUAUUCAACCCAAACGACUCUUAAUCACCGAUAUUUAGUAGGUUUGAUGUUUUGAAGAUUUAAAUGAAUGGGAACAUUGUAUUUCCUAAUACUUUAUCAAGUAAAUAUUAUAUUCAAUUUUUAUAAGUAAAUCUUUUUUUAUCGAGCAAUCGCAUGUGUUAAUAAUGAUACAUUUGAGGUUGUAUAUAUGUAUUCUAUUCCGUUAAUAUUUAUAUAUUUCGUUAAAUUUGUAGUAAACAAGGUAAAAGUCAAUUAAUAGACAUAUCUGUGUUUCUCUGUCGUAGUUUAUUGUAAAUUAUUUAAAGACUUGUGUAUAUUUAUUGAUUUUUAAUCGUAAACGUUAAGUGUUGACUGAGAAAAUUUGUUAAAUUUUGUUAGUUGAGAAAUAUGUGCUGUAAAAAUAUAUAAGCUUUAUCUUUCGAAUUAAAAUAAAUAAUAUGAUUCUUUUUUCUUUCUAA